CUCGAGUUGCUGCUGCACGAUUGCUGCACGAUUGCUGCCCGAUUGCUGCCCGAUUGCUGCCCUCCAGCCUCUCUCACGCCGCACGACCCAAUAGGCACGAUUGAACGGUGCAAGCGCCUCACAAGUCCGCAACCUCUUGCGGUGAGCAGCUCACACGCGCGCAUCAAAGCCUAGAUAGUGCUGCACACAUGCCGCUGCACUGAGCAGAGCACCUGCUAUUGCUGCAGCACAGGCAUAUGGCAGCCGCACGCCUGGCCGCGCGGUGCGCCUGGCCCGCGGCAGGGGUUGGCUGGGCAUGUCUGGUGAUGGCGGGUCCCGCCAUCGAGGUCGCGCGUCGCGAUAGCCCAGCCGAAGCGAGCGCCGGCGCCGACGUGACGACGAGAGACCAGCGUGCGGCGCUGCGCCGCGACCGAUUCGUGGUCGUAGACGGCGUGUUGAGCCGCGCCGAAGCGUUGGCGGCGAACGCGGCCUGCGAGCGGCGCCACGAGUCGUUCAAAAAGACGCCGCAGGACGACCCCUCCGCGCGGACCGACCGCGUGACGUGGAUCGGCGGCGACGACACUUCGCCGGCGCUGCGCCUCGCGAUCGCGCGGCUGCGGAGCGUGGCGAGCGAGCUCGACACGGACGCGCUCGGCGCCGGCGCGUGGCAAGGCUUCGACGACGACAACGUGUCGCGCGGCCACCGCCGGUCGCGCGCGCUCGGCGUGCCCCUGGCCGGCCAGCUCGCGCGCUACGGCGCGUCGGGCCCGCGCUACGCGCCGCACCGCGACGGCAGCGUCCUGGCCUUCGACCCGUCGUUCGGCGCGCGCGAGGUUGACUGCCUGUGUGGAAAUCAAAAUUGUACGGCGCGUUCGUCGUCCUCCACGCCAUCAACGCGACGCCUGCUCGAUGGCGUGGCGAUGCCGGUUCCUCGCCGCUCGACCGAGCCAGGACCCGACACACUGGUUGAUUUCCACACAGGUGACGGCGGUGCUCUACCUGUGCGGCCCGGCCUGGGACGAGCCCGCGCGGAGUGGCGACGACGGCGCGCUCGUGCUCUACUGCGGGGCCGACGCCGCGGACGACGAGGGCGACUCGGCGACCGCCGUCCACCGGGUGCGGCCCGUGGGCGGCCGUCUCGUCCUAUUCGAUUCGCGGACGGUGCUGCACGAGGUCCGACCGCACGGCCGGCGCGACGACCGGUUUGCGUUGACGCUGUGGCUCGGCGGCGAGCACUACCCAGAAUUCCGGUGCCUGCGGCCCUACGUGUCGUAAAAUUACUAGUAGAUGUCACCGACCGCCUUUAGUUCAGUUCGGGGGAGGAGGGCAGCGGGGGAGGAAAAU